AUGCAAAGCAGAAUCUGCAACUGUACCAAACAGAAUUGUAGACAUGGCAAUUGUGGAUGUUUAAAAGCUCAAAGAUCUUGUUCUGAUUAAUGUACUUGUAACCCUGGCUGCAGCAACCAAUCCAGACCAGACUAACUUUCUUGUGAUUGCCAUGUAGAUUCAUCUGAAAUUUUGGAUGUUAAUGGAGACACUUAACAUGCAUGCUUCCUUGAAAAGUAUGAAAGUAGGUGUGUUUGUGUUUUAGAAGGCAGAGCCUGCACAAUAAACUGUAGAUGUGUUACAUACAAUUAAGGUCACGUUUAUUUGACAGAAAAUUCAAAUCAAAUGUGA